CUUUCUCGCGCUCGCGCACUUCAUCUCCAACGCGGGCGUCAGCGGCAACGCAUCGCGUUCGUUCGUUCGUUCGUAACGGCAGAUCAGCAUCCGAACGAACGGACAGACACACGGACUGACGGAUCCGCGGUGAGACAUGUGUGUGUGUGUGACCCGGCUCCCGUCUCCUUCAUGCCCGUGUGUGUGGGCAGUGGAGUGAAGCGCUCGAGGCUCCUGGCAUGGGCAGCGUAGGGAGCGGGGCCUCCAGUCAACGGCCCAUCACCAUGCGUAGCGUUGGCACCCGUACCACCCCGAACGGCCCGCUGGCACCGGCACCGGCCCCGGCCCCGCCCCCCGCCUCGACCCGCCGGCGCCUGGACGACCGAAGCUUCAGCGCCGACCGAAUCCCCGGCCCAAACACCAAGACCAAAGGCGUCUGCGCCGACGAGAGGGAUUACGCUCGCAACGCUAACCGGCAGCACACGGUCAACGGCGAGAGGCUCGUGACCAACGCGGUGUUCGCUAACGGGGCGCGCCGAGACGGGCACCGGCGCGGGGAGAGUCUGGAUCUGUGCGGGAACAACGUCGUGUUGAACAACGACAGGAAUCAUCAAGCUCCAACGCUGCACAAGGACAAGAGCAAAAGCAAACCUGAUAAUCACAAUCCUCCCAACAUACUGCCCGUCUCUGGGAAACUCGAGCAUGCACAGACCAAUGACUCUCUGGUGCGUCCGUCGGCCUUCAAACCCGUGGUGCCGAAGAGCUUUCACUCCAUGCAGAACCUGGUGUGUCCCCUCCAGACGGGCUCCGGCUCGGCUCCGGGUCCGAGUGGUGUCGGCGCCGGCGGGUCCGAAGCGGGUCCGAACCAGGACAGUCCCGGCAGCCGAGGAACACACACGGGCCCGGGCCUCUCGGACUCGGGGAGGAACUCUCUCACAAGCCUUCCCACGUACACCGGGUCCGGUUACGGUCCGGCUCCGGCUCUCGGGCCCCUCAGCGCCUCCACCAGCCACAUCAACCGGCUCGGCACCGGCGUCCCGGAUAAACCGGGCUUCCAGAACGGGCUCAGCGCGUCGGACAGCGGGCGCUCGUCCUCGGGGAAGAGCUCGUCCUCGUACCAGCGCCUCAGUCACAUGAGCGACGGCCCCGGACCCCUGAGGCCCUCCCCGAACUCAGACGACGUCAUCCAGGACCUUGAGGACCGGCUGUGGGAGCGAGAGCAAGAAAGUGUGUUGUGCUGUGUUUUGUCCUCGCCUCAGGUGAUCCACAUGCGGCGUAACCUGGACCAGAGCGAGGCGGCCAUCGCCCAGGUGUUCGAGGAGAAGCAGCGCGUGUGGGAGCGAGAGAUGGAGGACCUGAGGCAGAACUACGCCGGCCGGCUGCAACAGGUGACCCGACGGGCCCAGCGCUCCCAGCAUGCACUGCAGGCCCAGAUCGGGCGUCUCCAGCAGGACAAGCGCCGGCUCCAGGACGAGAUGACGCUCCUGCUCGCUCAGAGAGAAGAACUGGAGAAGAAGUGCUUGGACUUCAGGAAGGAACAGGCCGAUAUUCUGCCCAGACUCGAGGAGACCAAGUGGGAGGUGUGUCAGAAGGCGGGUGAGAUCUCUCUGCUGAAGCAGCAGCUUCGGGAGAGUCAGGCCGAGGUGACGCAGCGCGCCGGAGAGAUGGUGGCCCUGCGGGGUCAGAUGAAGGAGCUCAACGCCCAGCUGAGAGAGCGAGAGGAGAACGAGAUCAGCCUCAAGGAGUCGUUCUGCACCAAGACCCUGGAGCUGGAGCGCUGCGAGGCCGAGCUGCAGGCCAUGCUGGCCGAGGUCACGGUGCUGCGGGACAAGCUGAGCGCGUUUGAGUCGGAGGUCACGCGUCUGAAGAAGGCCCUCGGUGACCUCGGCAGCAGCUCCAGUCGUCCCAGCGAUCCCAGUCUGUCCGAUAUGGGGCAACUGGUGGCGUCCCGUAGCCGAGAGCAUCUCAUGUCCCCUUCGGAUCCACCAACGUCACUCCCGGCGCUCCCGGCUCCCGAUCGGCUCCUCAGCGACGACUCCAAGGUCCAGUGGGCGGAGUCAGGUGACCUUCGCCGUCAGCUAGAGCGACUGCAGGGCGAGCUACGCCUCGAGCGGCAACAGCGCGAACGACAAGCGCUAACAUUCGCACAGGAACGCCAAACCUGGCAUGACGAAAAAGAGCGCGUGCUGAAGUACCAAGCGCAGUUGCAGCUAAGCUACGUGGAGAUGCUACAGAAGAACCAGGCGCUUGAGGAGCGCGUGGACAAGCUAGGAGCCAAAAUGGCCGCUCCGGCUCUGGCUUUACCAGAGGCGCCAGUUUCCGUGUCAAUAUCGCUAACGUCUCCGACCCCGCCGGUGGAAGAGAAGAAGAAGAUGCCGGAGAUGCACCAACUCGCCCCGCCGUGGCCCGUUCCAACCCGACUGGAGAGGAUCGAGUCCACCGAGAUCUGACUAAAACCAAGAUUACAAUAGCAUUCAGUACAAUCCGAAAACGAAACCGCUUCCGAGGACUGUCCAAGGAUGCCCUGCUUGUCUAGGGCGGGUGUUUGGGUUGAGGGCAGGGUAGUUAUGAGCCUUAGCCUUAGCUUUAUCGGCUUGUCGAGGGCUGGUUAGUAGUGCAGAUGAGCUGGCCGCUAGUCAGCCGCGAGAGGAAACGUAGCACUCAGGGGUUUAAGGGCGUAAACGAUUCAGACUGGGUUCAGGCUAUUAAUGAAU